UAGAUAACUGCUCUGAGGAUUCUGUAACUACUGAAGGCACUUCACGAUUCACAGCUGAGCCUUUGGUUGAUUACUCGGACACCGAAGAUGAAGUUUUGUGUUCUAAAAUUAAGACAUCUUAUAAAAAGAGAUCUGUGAUUCAUGAUGAUUCGGAUGAUCUCUUUGAAAAUUCGAGUGUAAAUGGUAAAGAUGACCAAGACAUUCAACGUGACGUCAGACGGAAUCAUGCAUCAUUUGCAAUGAGUGAACAACAUUCCGCUUGUACCACAGCAUCCAAAAGAGCAAAAAACACAAGAGUGCAGGACUGAUGAUUCCGCGGAAACUGCCCAAAAAGAACCUGGAGGGGGAAAGUUUUAUGCACUGCAUUUACUGCAAAGGACUCUUCUUAAAAAAAACUUUGUGGCGACAUGUCAAGGUUUGCAAAUUCAAGCCUGGUGAUGAGAAGCCGAAACCUGGAAAAACCCGUGUCCAGGUUCUUUGUGGCUUUGCACAACCUCCCCCACCAGGAGUAACUCAUGGUGUUUGGAAGCUGUUAAAUUCCAUGAACCAGGACCAAGUGGCACUUGAAACUAGAAAUGACUGGUGCAUUUUAGAGUUAGGAAAGCAUCUUUACAACAAGUAUGGAUCAAGAGUUAAAAUGCAUGAACACAUCCGCCAAAAGAUGAGGGAGCUUGGAAGACUCCUAAUAUGUGCAAGAGAGGUAUCCCCCCUUACAUCUAUUAAAGAGCUCAUUCAUCCCACAAACUUCAUGCAUACCAUCAAUGCAGUUAAAAGGGCUGCUGGCUACAAUGAAGAGACCAAUGUAUUUGAAAAGGCUAGUGUGGCUGUGAAACUUGGACAGAGUCUGAACAAAAUCGCAAUGCUCAUUGAGAGCCACUCUACUAUUAGAGGAGAUGAAAAGACAGGAAAAAUUGCGAACAGUUUUCAACAGCUUUAUAAGUCCAGAUGGCCCGAAUACAUUUCUACAACAGCCCGGCGAACACUGGAGGAAGCAAAAUGGAAUUCCCCACAAUUACUUCCAUUCACAGAAGAUGUUAAGCUCCUUCAUAUAUAUCUUGACGAGCAAGAGAAGACCCAUCGCAAACUCUUGUUAACACAGCCAUCAUCUCAGCACUGGGCAAAACUGGCCAAGAUCACGUUAACUCAGGUUAUGCUUUUCAAUCGUAGACGAGAAGGGGAAGUGUCACAAAUGCCAUUGUCUGCAUACAUCUCCAGCAACCAAUCGGAUGCUCAUCCAGAUAUUAGCAUGGCCCUCACAGAUUUAGAAAAUAAACUGUGUCAGUACUUCAAGCGUGUAGAAAUUAGAGGCAAAAGAGGCAGAAAGGUUCCCGUGCUUCUCACACCUUCCAUGCAAGAAUCAAUCAGCCUGCUUCUUGAAAAUCGGAAUACCUGUGGAAUUCCAAAUGAAAAUCCUUUUCUCUUUGCACGCCCGUAUGCAAUGACAUUUUUCAGAGGCUCUGAUUGCAUUCGCGAAUUUGCUGUUGCAUGUAGUGCAAAAAAUCCUCAGACUCUUACAUCAACAAAGUUGAGAAAACAGAUCGGGACACUUUCUGAAGUUCUUAAUCUUAGCAACACAGAGUUAGAUCAGUUGGCAGACUUUCUAGGCCAUGACAUUCGAGUUCAUCGUCAAUUUUACAGGUUACCUGAAGGCACCCUCCAACUGGCCAAAAUUAGUAAAAUUCUUCUGGCCCUCGAAAAAGGACGCUUGGCAGACUUUAAAGGGCGAAAUCUUAAUGAAAUCAACAUAGAUCCAGAAGAGGAAGUUACAGUGGACAGUGAUUUGGAGGAGUCCACUUCUAGUCCAAAAGAGUGCACCACAGUAUCAUCAUCACAGCACACGGUUUGUGAGAACGGCACACUUCCAGCAGACCCAGUCUCCAAAAAAAAGAGAGGUUACGUUAAGAAGACGGCCUGGAACAAACUUGAGAUACAGGCUGUGGAGAAGCAUAUGAUGAGGUUUAUUAACAAUCACAAAAUUCCAGGAAAGGCAGACUGCAUGAGGUGUAAAGAGGCGGAACCACUUGCACUUAAAAAUAGAGAGUGGUCUACACUUAAAUUUUACAUCAAAAAUCGAAUCUCCGCUCUAAACAGAAAAUAUCUGCCAAAUUAAUUGACACACUGUCAGACUGAAUUGUGCAUUGGUAGAAACAAGCUUUUAUAGUUUUAAAACAAGCUUCCAUAGUCAAAUGGUUAGCGCAAAAGACCAUCAGUUCCAUAUUAUUGUUUGGAAAUGUAGAUUGUUCUUUCGAAAAUUCAGGCAUUUUAAAUAACUUUUAGACUGGAGUCUUUUUUUUCAUCCUUGUCUGCUUCAAAUGUAGAAUUGUUUUUCUAUAAAUGCAGACAUGGUAGAUUUUCAUUCUAUUGUACUUGUUUUCAAAAACUUGAGAAUGCAGUGUUUGUCAUGAAGGGUUUUAUUAAUAUAUUUUUUUAAUUCAACUAGUGUUUACUGUGAACAUCUUUAUGAAAUAUUUCUGCAAAUUUUUGUGGACGACUGAAACUUAUGCUAAUGUUUCUGACCCUGACUGUUGACGUACUAAUGUUAUGAGUUUUGAAAAUGUAUGUCAUAUACUGUAUAACACUUUUUUUUUUACUAAACCUUUAAAAGUACUAAGUUAAUUUUGUUUCUACAUCUAAAACAAACAUCUCCAAAAUCAAUUAAAGCAUGGAGCAGAUUGUAGCUCCUUUUCUGUCUAAAGUA